ACAACUCCCAGGAUGCCUCGCGCUGCCUGAAGCCCCUUGGCGACGGCGCGGCCGGGAGCGGGAGGCCAGGCUGCGUCGGUCGGGCUGAGUGAGACCGUAAUCAGCGGCUCUGGCCCAACCAGGUCCCCACGGCCGGGCCUGCGAGCGGACGGCGUGUAACAGGGACCUUAGGGGCUUGGGGGUUGCAGGCUGUGCUCGGGUCGGGACGGGCUGGGCGCGCCGUGGCGACGCUUUGAGCACGCAGUGUCACGGACGAGGGACCCUGAGAAGAGCUCUGGCUUGGGUGGGCUCGGGGCUUAAAAAAAUGCCUGACGUGGACCUGGCCGAGUAAACGCGUUGACGCGACGCUGCUCUGGAGCCCUUGGGCCUUUACAAACCUCUCCUAGAAAAUUCCCGCCGCCUGGGAAGCUGGGACAGAAGUCUCCCUCUGCCCCUGUUAUGAGCAAAACGCGUUUGGACCUGUGGGUCGCUGAAGUUGCCACUGCAAAGGAACAAAAACACAAGCAUUCCAAGUGGCCUUUGUCCCAAACCCCUAUAUAUAAACGUGACAUUCUAAAACCAGGACAGGCCAACACCCUGGAAACAGACAUGACCGCCUCUGACUCCUUUCUAACCUGGCGUGGCGAAGGUGGGUUUCCGUAAAGAGGAGCUGGAGGGAGACAGGUAAUUCUGAGGAAGACUUCCAGGUACAGCUAAGGGAGGAUGAACCUGAUGUGGGCAGAAUUCAGAUGAGCUGGACAGUGCUGUGAAGGACCUUCAAGCAGCCCCCAAGAUCCCUGAUAUGGCAUCCAAAACCAAGAAGGGACUGAAAGGCUCCAUUGAUGAAGUCCUUGGUGACCUCCUGGGAGAUGAUAUGGCACUACCUGAGAAGCCUGUUGAACUAGCUUCACAUGCCAGAGGCUCCACACGUGCACCUCAGGGGCUCCCUUCUUCAAAGACCAGAGCAAGGUCCCUCCUGGAUGACAAUAUUUUUGAUACCCUGGUAGAAGCUGAUGCUGAGAUUUCCGAUGUGUCAGAGGCAGACCCGCAGGCCUUGCUGCAGACCAUGAAGGAUCUAGAUGACAUGGACGCCGAUAUCCUGGGUUUGAAGAAGUCUCAUCCAGCCUCUGGCAAAACAGCUACCAAGGGUUCUGGGAAAGAGGAGCUGCCUAGCAAUCCCAGACCUGCCAGCAGGCUCGCAGCUGGUGAGAAGGGGGACACAGUUGCCACCAAGCAGCCAACCACCUCUCCCAGCAGCUUUGGGCAUCAGUACAGGAAGCUUUCCUUUGGAGACUUGGAAGACCCAUUGGCAGGACUUCUCUCUGAUGAGGAAGAAGACAUUGCCAAGAAGCCACCUGUGACAGAGAGUAAAACAGCUUCCAACAGAAGUCCCAUCCCAGUCAGAGAGCAAGGUCCCUGUAUUCCUCUAACUCCUGGGGACACUCCCAUCCGAAAGAAGGAGUUGCUGUUUGAUGAUGGGGACGACAUCAUGGCCACCCUGGGGUUCGGAGACAGCCCCAAGGGAGAGAAGAGACAGAUGGGUAACCAGGAAGGGCCCCGCCCUGCUCGCUCCAAGCUGGAUGAACUGCUGGGUCGAAGCACAGCCUCAAAACUCCUAGCUCAUCCGAGUCCCGGACAACACAGAGAGUUCAAACUAGACAAAAAAUAUCAGAAACCACAGGACAAAGAAGAAGAUAGCUGGGACAAUGAGGACCUCAUCUUUGGGGCCUACCAGCCCACUGUGGGCUCCUCCGAGGGUCCACAGUCUCGGCGACAGUCUGUCAGGGUCUUAGAAGGUGGCCCAGACCCCAAGGGAGAACCAGGCACCAAACAAAGUCCUCCAGCAGCUUCCAGCCCAAUCUCCCCCAGGAAGGGAGGAGCUGACUGGUUGGGCCUCAAGGAUGACGACUUGGACCUGCUUCCUCCCUCUCCCACCCGAGAGUCCUGUCGGGGAGGCUUGGCAAUCUCCACACCUUCUGUACCUGGUCCUGUGAGCCAGCACUCAGCCCUAGACCCAAACUCUGCCCCAUUUGGGCUGCCCUCCUCAGGGUCAAAGCCACCAGCAGAGAAUACAGGGCCAUCUGCCCAAGCCAGCCAGUCCUCCAAGCUGCGAGAGUCUGAGGCGGGAGAGGAGGAGGAUUGGCUGAGCCAUGUCUUGUCUCGGAAGAAGUCCCAGGGUGUGGCCAGAGAGGAGCAUGCUGAGGCUUAUAAGGGUCCGAACUCAGUGGGGACAGCCAGCCAACCUGUCACCAGCACUCAGGGGCUUGAUCAGGCAGCUGUGGGAAGGACCUCAGGAGCAACAGAACAAGAAAUACCAGCUGCCAGGCCCCUCCUCACAGGGUCCCCCGAGAGUUGGAGCCACUCUCCCUUGGCCCUCCCUGCAGGUGACCCAAAGAGAAGAACAGCCUCUGGAGACCCCUAUGGCACCGAGCCUGCGGUUUGUUUCCCCAAAUCUCAGGAACCCACAGGGCUCUCUGCACCUGUCAAGCCACCCAUGAGGGGAAAGCCAGGAAGUCCAGUGAGCAGAGGGCCGGGAGGUAGCCAAGCUCAGCUCCUGACGUGGGACAGCUCUCAUCCUCCCCUGCAGUCCCUGUUCCCAGAGUCCCUGGAGCAGAGCCUGCUGCCAGAUGUGGGAUACCAGAAGCAGCUCCUGGCAGCCCAGGCGCAGCUUCAGAGUGGCACUGCCCAGCUCCAAGCAGAGCUGCUGCAGAGCCACGCACGGCUGGCAGAGCUGGAGGUUCAGGUUCGGAAGCUGGAACUAGAGCGGACCCAGCACCAGCUGCUGCUGGAAAGUUUACAGCAGCGGCACCAGGCAGACCUGGAGCUCAUUGAGAAUGCACACAGAAGCCGCAUUAAGAUGCUAGAGACAUCAUACCAGCAACGGGAAGAGCGGCUCCGCAGAGAGAAUGAGGAGCUGUCAGCUCAGUAUCUCUCUCAUUGCCACGAGGCUGAGCAGGCCCGAGCCGAGCUCACAGCCCAGCACCAGCGGCGCUUGGCAGCAGCGGCACAAGAAAAAGACCAGGAGAUGGAGCGGCUUCGGGAGCUACAGCGGGCAUCUAUCCUGGAAAUGCGCAAGGACCAUGAGGAGCAGCUGCAGCGACUGAAGUUGCUGAAGGACCGAGAGAUCGAUGCAGUUACCAGUGCCACCUCCCACACACGGUCCCUGAAUGGCAUCAUCGAGCAGAUGGAAAAGUUCUCCAGCAGCCUGAAUGAGCUGUCCUCCCGCGUGGAGGCCUCACACCUCACCACCUCGCAGGAGCGGGAGCUGGGAAUCCGGCAUCAGGACGAGCAGCUGCGAGCACUGCAGGAGCGGCUGGGCCGGCAGCAGCAGGACAUGGAGGAGGAGCGUGCUCGGCUGCAAGAGGUCAUCGGGAAGAUGGAGGCCCGGCUAAGUGAGCAGAGCCGGCUGCUGGAGAAGGAACGCUGGCGUGUGAAUGCCGAGCAGUCCAAGGCAGAGUCCACGCAGCGUGCUCUGGAGGAGCAGAGGAAGGUCUUGGCCCAGCAGAUCGCCAUAGAGAGGGAAGAGCUGGAGAGGGCCAAGAGCGCCUUGCUGGAGGAGCAGAAGUCGGUCAUGCAGAAGUGUGGGGAGGAGAGGCGGCGCCUGGCAGCCGAGUGGGCUGAGUUCUUCACGCAGCAGAAGCUGAGUAAGGAGCGGGCUGAGCGCGAGGCCGAGCGAGCACUGCAGGUGGACACCCGCCGGGAGGGCACCCUCAUCAGCCUGGCCAAGGAACAGGGAGAGCUAAGGGUCAGGGCCAGCGAGCUCCGGGCCAAGGAGGAGCAGCUGGCAACUGAGAGGGAGGCUGUGGAGCGGGAGCGGCAGGAGCUACAGCAGGAGAAGGAGAGGGUCAGAGCCGCCAGCCUGCGUCUCCAGCGCCGUGCUGAGGAGGUGGAGCACAUGAGCCAGGUGGCCUCUAAGAAGUACCAGGAGGGUGAGCAAGCGCUGCAGGAGGCCCGGCAGUUGCAGUCUGAGCAACAGGCCCGGCUGCAGGCUGUUAGGCAGCAGCAGGAGCGGCUGCAGCAGCAGGAGCAGCAUGUACAUCAGGAACACCUGAGCUUGGCACAGCAGAGGCUACAGCUGGACCGUGCUCGACAAGACCUGCCCUCCAGCCUCCCAGGGCUGUUCUCAACAGGCCAGGGCCCAGCAGCCUCCAACCUGGGUGCCUUCUCAGCUCUCGUGACUCCCGCUCCCACCACCCUUCAGGGCAGCCAGCUGCUGGCCAGCCCGGGCCCCGCGAAGCUCCUUGCCAAGUUGGUGCUGCUGAAGCACACAGCCGAGCAGGACCGGGACUUCUUGGAGAAUGAGCAGUUCUUCUUGAACGCCCUGAAGAAUGCGUCCUACAACAUGACGUCCCAUUCCACUUAACAUGGACAGCUGCCCCUCGGCGAGCACCUGGACCCUGGACUCUCCCUUGCCAUGCUGCCGGGCCCUACCAGAGCCCUCCAUCCGGACAGCCUGCCUGUAUGCUCUUGCCAGGCCCUGCACCUUUGGCGCUCUGACGUGCAACAGCCCCCAGGAGCUGAGGGUGUCUCAUCACAGACUUCUGGCUCCAGUCUGACGGUCUGAGGAGGCAGCAAACUCCACCAGCUUCAACCAUAGGCAGCCGGUUCGGGUCUAUGUGCCUGGGCCUUUUCAGAGGCAGGGGUUUUCUUGGGGGGGGGGGGGGGUACCAUGAACAGCCUUCUACCUUCUUUGCCUGAGAGGUCCCCUCCCUAAUGGGGACAUGGACAAAGGCCUCCUGGGCAAGUGAGUGGGAGGUCUGGUGCGGGCAGGGAGGGCACCAUGCCAGAUUCUUCUCACGGUUCCAUGAGCUCCUGGGAUUCAGCCAGCCACUCCACCCCCACUCAUUCUCAGCUCUGCCCAAGUGGCUGACCAGCUCAACAUGAACUUUGGCCUCCAGCUUCUUCCUCCUCAAUUAGGCCCUCACCAGAAGCAGGAGUAGGGAACUGUGGGUGAUGUUGGGGGUGUGGAAAUGGACAGGGAAGGAAGACAGCCAGAGCCUCUGUCCCUGGAGGGGAGAAAGGUGACCUAUGGGUCCCCAUGCACUGCUACUGCCACCUGCGCCUUUGCUGGCCUCCACGUACGUACAGGCCGUGUGCCAAGGUCAGCUGGAGGGAUGCCAGGAUGGGGCUGGAGGGGUACUCAUUGUACCCAGCAGACCCAGGACAAAUCAACUCGACUAAUAAAAUUGCAGUUGCUGCUAAAACUGCUUCUGUGCAGGAGCGAUUCCUCACCUUGCAUCCCAGAGGAAGCCAUCCCAGUAAGCAGGAGGGCAGAGGAGGAGAACACGAGGGAGAAGUGGCACCAUCUGUAGCUCUCUGCUCUUUGGAACAGCUUUCAGAGGGACCUAAUUUAUUUGCCAACAGUUUGUAGCUUUGGUCUUGAACACAUUAAACUAUGCUCUGCUUACUUACUCACUUACUUAUGGUACUGGGGAUUAAAUUCAGGGGUGCUCUGCCACUGAGCUAUAUCCCCAGCCCUUUUAUUUAUUUUAUUUUGAGACAGAGUCUUACUAAGUUACCAAAGCUGAACUUGAAUUUGUAAUCCUCCUGCUUCAGCCUCCCAAGUAAUUGUAUUUUUCAUUUUUAAUUUGGGGGGAGGGCUGAGAUAAACCCAGGGCCUCUUAAAUGCUAGGCAGGUGCUCUAUCACCGAGCUUCACCCCAGCCUAUAAACUGUCAUAUUCUUAAUGAUUAAAUUCUUUUUUUUUUUUAAUGUUUAUUUUUUAAUUAUCGGCAGACACAACAUCUUUCUUUGUACGUGGUGCUGAGGGUCGAACCCGGGCCGCACGCAUGCCAGGCGAGCGCGCUACCGCUUAAGCCACAUCCCCAGCCCCUUAAUGAUUAAAUUCUUAGAAUUUGCUGAGGCCCGUCAGGAUUUGUACUUACUUUUUAGAACAUUUUUGUUCUGUAUCCCUUGUCUUUGUUGGAAAACAAGCCUCACAGAGCAGUCAAACAUUCCUAUAAAAAGCCAAUUUGUCAUGCUCCUCUGGCCAAGUCCUUCCCCUCCAGGUGCAGUCUGUCAGGACAGAGAGCUCAAGUGGGUAGUAUUACCAUCCCUGCUUCAAAAUGAGGAAACUGGAACUGAGGUUGUAGCUCAGUAAUAGAGAGCCUGCCUAGCAUGUGUGAGGCACUGGGUUCGAUUCUACCAUAUAUAAACAAAUAAAAUAAAGGUCCAUCAACAAAAAAUAUAUAUAUUUUUUUUUAAAAAUGAAACUACCUGGGUGCAAUGGCACACACAUAUAAUUCCAGCAACUUGGGAAAUUGAGGUGGAGGAUCACAAGAUCAGUUCAGCCUCAGAAACUUAGCAAAACACUGUUUCAAAAGAAAAAGAAAAAAGAUGAAGAACCUGAGACUCAGGGAGACAACAUACCUUGUCCAAAGUAACAGCAAAUAGUAAUAGAGCCUGGAUUUGAGUUCUGCUCAGGCAGAUUCCCAAACCCCAGACUCUCAGCCACAUCCUUCCUGCCACCCCCUAGAGAAGCAUACCACACAGUGCACUGUAAGGACAAGAUGUUUAUUUACCUCCACUUAUCGAGUUGGUGUCCGCCUGAGGAGGGAAGCAUCAUGUGCCCGCCAAUCGCUUGUAAAAGCCUAGGAUUCAGUUCUCACAACACUCCUAACCAGGUCUGAGCCAGAUGUGGCAAAGAGACAGGAGUCAAGGUUGGGUAUAUCCAUGGGCAGUUAUGGGGACAGCUGUUGCUUCUGUUUUGGUUUGUUUUGUUUUUUUGGUACUGGGGAUUGAAUUCAGGGGCACUUGACCACUGAGCCACAUCCCUAGCCCUAUUUUGUAUUUUAUUUAGAGACAGGGUCUCACUGAGUUGCUUAGCACCUGCCUUGCCGUUGCUGAGGCUGGCUUUGAACUCGAAAUUCUCCUGUCUCAGCCUCCUGAGCAGAUAGGAGUACAGGAGUGCACCUGGCAGCUGGUGCUCUGUAGUCAACUGGAAGAUUUCUCCCAGACCACAGACAUUGUAGCACACAGGGUGUGUGGUGCAGGGCAACCCAGGACCCUGGCCUUCAGGACACAGUAACAAGAGUUAGGGAGCAGGUAGAGGUAAUGGCUUUUUAUCUUGUUUUGGUAAUAUGGUUGAAUCCAGAGUCACUUAACCACUAAGCCACUCCCCCCUUUUUUUUUUUUUUUUUUUGAGACAGGGUCUCUAAGUUGCUUAGGGCCUUGCUUGAUUGCUUGUCUUAAAUUUACAAUUCCCCUGCUUCAGCCUCUGGAGUUGCUGGUAUUAUAGGCAUGUGCCACCACACCCAGCAGCUUUAUAUAUCUUGUUAAAGUAUUUGAACUUUUAUCUUCAGGGAAAUGAGUAUUCACUGAAGAGCUUUAUUUGCAUUUUAGAGAACCCAUUGUGGCUGUGGGGUGGACACUAGGGCAAAGUGGGGACAGAGAAAGUGUUAGAAUACUGCAAGGAUGUGGGGGAGGGAAAAGAGGGCAAGAUCACCCUGUAUGUCCAUGAGGAGUCACAGAAGUGCCCCUCUGGAAUAUAGUGCCUGGGUAUGGGUCACGUGUCAAGGAGAACCUGAGAUCCCUGACUUGGGUGACCGUAGUGUCACUCAUGAUGAGAGAGUGCUCUUGUGAUGGCCAAAUAGAGACAUCCCACAGGCACUUGACUAACACUUUCCUUGGUGCUGGGAACUGCUCAGUGUUGCUGUAAACACCAUUUAGCUGUUUGCUAUGUAAGUAGCCUAACUAAUACAUUUCUUUCUCCCAGGCCACAGACAUUGUAGAGGGCUGCAUACAGGAGUGAGUAUUCAGUAUCUAUUGAUCAGUCUUACCCUAUUAACAACUAUAGCAAUUCCUUUUGGGUACAGUGGUACAUACCUGUAAUCUCAGCUACUUGGGAGGCUAAGGCAGAAGGUCACAAGUUUGAAGCCAGCCUGGGCAAUUUAGCAAGACCCUGUCUCAUAAUUUUUAAAAAUGGCUGGGGUGUAGCUCAGUAGUAGAAUGCCCCUGGGUUCAAUCCCCAGCACCAGAGGAAAAUAUUGUAACAUUUCCUUCAAGGUCAUAAUCCAAAUGCUUAAUUCCUGUUAGAGAAAUAUUGGUGGACCCAUUGCUUCGAGUUUCAAGAGUUGUUCACAUGUAUUAUAUGCUUCAAAUUGUCAUGUGAUAAUCCAUGCUAGUCCCCUCAAAUAAUUGGAUUCUAAGUAAGUCCCAUUCUUUAGGGCCUUCCAUGCUGGAAGAGAAUAAGAAAGGAAGUACAAGCCACCUGGUUGAGCAGCAAGCCUCAGUGCUGCUGGAGACCCUGCAUAGGACCCGGGUGGCUUUACAGGCACAUAGAAGAGGAUUCAGAAACAAAAGGAAAAGGUAAAACAGCCAAGGAGGCCACAAUGACCAUGCACAAUCCAGUUGGGCCAACACUGUUUGGUUCCACUGUGUAUUAGUGGGAAUUUCACAGCAGCCACUCCUUAACAGCAGGUCUGGGUGUUACUGGCCUAUGAAUCGCCCUCACAGCUUAGCAGACAGCAGGUACAGGCUGUUAUGAAGUAGAAGUGAUGGUGACAGGUUUAGCUGUUUGCUAUGUAUGGAAAUGAGAGACCCCAGCCCAAUAACUUUAGGCCCAGUUACAAAAUCAUCAGGGCAUGCUACAAACCUGCGCAGGCACCAGAUGUGUUUUUCAGAUAACCAGUUAACAGGCACCAGAUGUGUUUUUCAUAUAACCAGUUAAAUGUAACCGAUUAGGAAAGAACAGGAUGGUUGGGAAAGAACCGGGUAAUUGUGUCCCAGGACACGAUCGGGAAAACCGGAACAGAUAAGCAGGAACAGAAAGAAUGGAAUGUAAAACCGUGGGUUUUCCAGGAACAUACAGUGAAAAACGACCUUGCUCUUUAGGUGACCUAUAUGCUAGGUUCAAAAUGACCAAUAAGAAACCUGUUGCUUGCUGUGCGCACGAAACCUGCUCCUUUACCCCAUAAAAGAUCUGUGCCCCAAAGCCCGGUGUGCCAGUUCACCGAAGCUCCGGCUGAGGUUCUGCUGCGCACCCGCAGGCGCCUGUGUACCAAUAAACUGCCUCUUGCUUUUGCA